AUGCGCGGCGCUUCAGCUUCGUCAUCGUCGUCGUUGCAGGCAGCGGCGCCAGUCGCACUCCCCCCGCUACGCUGCCCUGGUGGACCGCGUGUCACGGCGGAGGGCAUCAAACAGCUAUACAAAGUACCACACGCCGGCUUCCUUGCCAAGUACGACCAACGCUUCAUGUUAAACCUCAAACUCACUCAUCAGCUCGUCAGCUAUCUUAGCCGCACAACACUCACGACGCCAGACAAGGUGCUGGUGGAGCUGGGCCCCGGCGUCGGGACUCUCACACGGAGUCUGCUGACGCGGCCUUGCGUCGGUGUCCUCGGGGUCGAGGUGGACGAGCGCUUCAAUCCACACCUGGAACAGAUCCGCAACUACACAAAUCAAAAGUUUCAAUGGGUGACGGCUGACGUGCUCAAGGUGGACGAGCUGGAGCUGCUGAGAUCGGCCUUUCCGCAUUUUGUGAAGGCCAACAUGAGACGUCCACCGAGUCCCGGACACGAGACUUCGGAGGCCAACGCGGCAGCCGGCGCCGACGCGGGCAGUGGAUCUCAGAGAGCAGGCUUCACUGGCGACGCCGGUGAGCACGACACAGAGGGCUACGAGGGUGCACCGUUGCGCUCGGCUCAGCGUGAACGGCUACUGCGUCAGCGCCGCGCGCGGAAGCCCCACCUACGCAGCUGCGCUACCAACCGCAGAGGUGCUGGAGGAGCCGCAGACACGGGAACAGCGACGUCGCCUAACCCCGCCUUCGAUGUCACGAACCACUGGUGGUCCAACGGGAAUGCGAAGGUCGAGGUGAUUGCAAACCUCCCCUUCGCUAUCAUCACCGAGCUGCUGAUGCGCUACGCGGUGGACUGCGCGCAGCAUCGCGGGCUCUUCGCCUUCGGCCGUGUGCCGGUACACAUCUUCGCCCAGCGUGAGGUGGCCGAGCGCAUUCUUGCCCCGGCUGGGUCGGUGGAGUUCAGUCGCCUGUCUGUUCUCUGCCAGUGCUUCUUUCAUGUCCGCCUCAAGCAGACCUUUGUGGACCAAACCUACUACCCUCGCACAGAGGUGGAGGGCGCAAUGCUGACGCUGGAGCCGCGCUCUGUGCCGCUCGCACACGAUCUCGACGCGUCCACCCUCAUUCAUUUCACCAACCUACUGAUGAAACCGGGGCUGCGUGCCGCCACUGUGCACAAGUCGCUCUCCCGGUUUGCACCUGCUGAGCUAGUGCAGUACAUGCUGCAGGAGCUGCGGAUGGACGGCGCGAUGACGGUGCUGGACUUAUCUGUGGUUGAGGUCACCCGUUUGGCUUCCCUGUGGCAGCAGUUUGUGACCAUGUCGCAACAGCAACCACAGCAGGGGGAUGACGGCACGGAGGCAGAUGCUGGUACCGCAGCGCCGGAUAUCCCAAUGGCGCCGUGUAGUAGCCCUCUUUGA